AUGGUCCCCGGAAGAAGGUAACGUAUUCAUGCUGGAAGGCUCCGGUGACUCGUCCGGCGCCGUCCACGCAGCUUUUUAAGUGGGGAGCCAUCUUAGGCGGCUCCGGUGCCCGAUGACCGCCGUUGACAUGGGUUGUGAAAACGACCUCAAAGCAACUGCUGACAAGUACGUGUGUGAGAGACGGCCGCUUGACAGCCAGGAUAUGGCUACCAUAGACAUUAAUUCUCAUGAAGGUUCAUCAACUUCAACUUGUCCACGUAUUAACGCCGUUGAAAUGGACAGAUGUUGACCACAUUAACCUUCUGUGCUGCUUCUUGCGACCUAAUCCUUCAUAUUACCGUCUUUCCACGGCAACACAUCUCUCUCUCUCUCUCUCCCCUUCUUUUUCUAUAUAUAGUAUGGGAACAACCUCAUCUCCUUGCGUCGCCUAGCCAGCUGCUCUUCAAGGCUCUUCCUUGUUCCGUGCCAGCUUGUCUACAUCGCUCAUGGCGCAACUUCGAGUUCUUCCCAUCAUUGUCCUCCUCGCCUUGCUCUUGCCCCUGGCGACCACCACCGGUAAGAACUUCCAUUCCCCAAGCGGGCAAUGCAUCUGAAUACGGCAAGAAUAAUGUUUCCAUCGAAAUUCGGUAAUGUUUCUCUUGAUCUGAUGCCGUCCAUCGCUCUUGAUAUCGUAGAAGCUUCCCGGGAGUUGACGCAGACAAAGAACUUAGGAGACAAAAAGUUCUUCUUCUUCUUCCCGAAAUUUUGCUCAGUGCUGAACACAAACACCACAGGGCACUGCCUCUUGGUGAAAAAGUUGUGCUUUUACGAUUGCCUGAACAGCGGCUACCACGUGGGAUACUGCGGCGGCUUCGCAUAUUCUGACUGCUACUGCGCCACGGUCUGCCCGUAG